AUGGUUUCCCCGUCAAUUCCUCAGUCUUCUUCCCUCAAUGGGUACCCGACUCCAACGACAGAGCGGGACGACAUCGCCAUCAAAAUGGAGGAGACACCAAGCGAACCAGAAAAGGCUGGGCCAGUCCUGACCACAAGAUCGACAUUCGCGACGCUAUUCAGCUUCACCCGACCGAAACACAUACCUCUCAUUCUUCUCUCGUUUCUCACUGCUUCCCUGGUUGCGGCUGGCCGCACUGCUUAUGCCAUCAUGCUUGGCAAGAUCUUCGAAAUUGUGUCGGAAUGGGGUGCUGGCACCCUGACACCCAACGAGUUUGUUUCCCAGAUCUCACAAUGGUCCAUCUACUUCGUCCUUCUUGGGCUGGGAGUAUGGCUGUUUUCGUCGAUUGACAUUGCCCUAUGGGUGGUGUCUGGCGAAUUGAGGGCCAGGACAACAAGAGAGAUCAUGUUUGGAUCUUUAUUGCGCAAGACGGCGGGGUGGUAUGAUCUCAGGGGCGAGGGUGUUUGGGCAUUGCUUGUGCAGGUUCAGACGCAGACCCGAGAGCUUCAGCUGGCCACCUCCCAGACAUUGGGCUUUUUGGUCUGCGAUGUGCUGGUCUUUGUGGCCUGCUUCAUCGUCGCUUUUUCCUUCUCCUGGAAACUCACGCUGGUGCUGCUCGCUACUGGCGUGCCAUCGGCUGUGAUACUCUGGGCCCUCGGCCGCUUCCUCGAUCCCGCCAUCGAAGGGCAAAAACGAGAAUUAGCAGGGGCUGCCAAGCAUGCCACCGCCGCAACCACAUCCAUCGAUAUCGUCAAGGUUUACAAUGCAGCCGAUCAGGAAGCCUUUCAGUUCAUCUCAGCCAUCCGCCGGUCUGCCAAGUACUACUCGAGGCAGGUGCUUUGCAACUGCGGCCAGAUGAGCUACAUCAAGAUGUGGAUGAUUAUGCUGUUCGUAGUGGGCUUUUACUUUGCCGUUGUUCUCGUCGGGAGAGGCGAUCUCACUCCGGGAAAUGCACUCACGACCUUUUACGCUGCUUUGAGUGCUUUCAAGAGUAUAGAGACUCUGGGGCCCGAGUGGCUGAUAUUGGCCAAGGGAAUGCAGGCUGCGCAGCUGCUCAAGAAUGUGGCCGGUGAGGAGGCAAAUGAGGAACUCGACAAGAAUAACGGAUGGAAGAAGCCUUCAAGCUGCACGGGCAACAUCAAGAUAACGAAUGUCAGCUUUGCCUAUCCCUCCAACCCAACCAAGACGGUGCUCGAGCCAUCGACGUUUCACUUUCCCGAGGGAGAACUCACUUUUGUUGUGGGUAGGAGUGGUUCCGGGAAGAGUACGCUGGGCAAUCUUUUGCUGAGAUUCUAUGAACCUACCGAUGGCCGCAUUACUGUCGACGGCCAUGACAUUACGACACUUGAUCUGGAAUGGCUACGCCGCAAUGUCACACUCAUUCAGCAGUCAAGCAUCCUGUUCAACGAUACCUUCGCCAAGAACGUUGCGUUUGGUGCCACCGAGCCGGACAAGGUCCCCCCUGAGGCGAUCCAGCAUGCCUGCGGCAUGGCGCUUCUCCAGUCCACCAUCACGGGCAUGCCUGAUGGCAUCAACACGCAGCUCGGUUCUGGCGGCCACAACCUCAGCGGUGGACAAAAGCAACGACUGGCACUUGCCAGAGCAAAGCUUCGUGAUCCCCCUGUGCUCAUCCUCGACGAAAUCACCAGCGGCUUGGACCCCGUCAGUAGAACCAUGAUCAUGGAAGCUAUCCGCAUCUGGCGCAAGGACAGGACCACCAUCAUCAUCACCCACGAGGUGGGGCAUAUUGAAAAUGACGACUUUGUCUAUGUCAUGGCCGAUGGUCGAGUUGUCCAACAAGGUCCCAGCAAGGAGAUUGCCGCCGAAGAAGAUGGACUCUUUGGGUCUUUGCUCGCUUCGGCAGAUGAUGCCUGCUCUUCAAGAGGGUCCGCCUCAAUCGACAGCGACGUGGAUAGUGUCUACGAGCUGUCUGAUGACGAGCCAGUCCAGGAGGCCAGCUAUGGGAAAUUCCUCCGCGGGGCAUUGAUCGACAAUCCUAGGAUGCAUUCGCUCGGUUUUUCCCCUCGCAUGUCGUGGAAAUCUGAUCCUGUUCAGCCUCCUCCUCCUCCUCCUCAGCAGCGUCGACGGUCCACUGCCGCUAGGCCCACUUCGCGCGUUUCGUUGAGGCCGCAGAGCAUGCACAUCGUCACGACAAUGGGACGGGAAGUGCAGAGCAGCAGGAUUCCGAAUGCGAGACAAGAAGAGAAGCCGUCGGUGGCGGAGAGCUCGGCGUCGUUGGACUCGCUGGACAAGUUCUUUUUGGAACACUUGGCGAGCAAGAAGGAUAGGAAGAAGGGACGGACGAUUAAGGGUCAUCGGUUACCUUCUAUUGGGGCCAUCUUGAAGACUGUUUGGCCUACGCUUGAUAAGAGGGGGAGGUUGCAGUUGAUAGCUGGGUUGCUUUUGUGUCUGGUCAUUGCGGCUGGCAACCCGGUUUUCUCCUUUAUCUUUGCCAAUCUCAUUGGGGCGUUUUGGCUGCCUGAGGGGCCGGAGUCGGCGGGGAGCACGUGGGCGGGAUACCUGGCGAUUGUUGCGGUGGUUGAUGCCAGUGCGACGUUUCUCGGGUACUUUUUCCUGGAGAAGGUCGCUCAGAAGUGGGUGAAUGCGCUGAGGGCUGAGGCCAUCAGACGGAUCCUCAGCCAGCCCAAGUCUUGGUUCGACAAGGCGAAUCAUUCUCCUAACAGGAUAACGCAGUGCCUGGAUCGGAACGCGGAAGAGAUGAGGAAGUUGGUGGGCAUGUUUCUGCCGAUUGUGCUGACGGUUUCGCUGAUGAUUCUGACGUCGUUGGUUUGGGCGUUGAUCAUCAAGUGGGAUCUUACUCUGGUGGCUUUGGCUGGUUUGCCUGUGGCUAUUGCGGCUGCGAGGGGGAAUGCGGCAAUGAGCGACAAGUGGGAGUCGAUUGCUAAUGAGGCUGCUGCUGCGACAAGCGCCAUCUUCAACGAGACGUUUGCCAACAUCAAGGUUGUGCGGGCGCUGACUCUGGAGAGGUACUUUUCUGACAAGCACACCAAGUCUGCCCAUUCGACGUAUCUUUUGGGGUAUAAGCGGGCUGGGUUUGUGGGCAUCUUUUAUGGCUUUUAUCAGUCGAUUGCGUUUUUCCUGACGGCGUUGGUGUUUUAUUACGGGGCAAAGAUUCUGAGCACCAAUUCGACGACUGUUACGGAUGUCAUCAAGGUCAUCAACCUCAUUCUCUUCUCCCUAGGCACCUCGGUCAUGGCGUUGAGCAACGUCCCUCAAAUCGCCGCUUCAAAAGUCACCGCCACGCAGAUCCUCUACUACGCCAACCUGCCCCACAACUCAAGCCACGAGGCCAAAGGAGACCGAAGAGUUGACUCCCCUCUUCCCGUGAAGAUGACCAACCUCCGCUUCGCCUACCCUGGCUCCCCGAAGACGGAAGUCUUGCGGAGCGUCAACCUCGAGAUCCAACCGGGAACAUGCACCGCAAUCGUCGGCUCAUCGGGCUGUGGAAAAUCCACCAUCGCGGCUUUACUUCUUGGGCUUUAUGAACCACUGAACGACACCAUCCCGUCUUACCACCGGCCCCCUCCCGACAAUGUUUCUCCCACCCCAUCGUCAUCAAAACGGUUCUCGAAUAUUGGUCCUAAACUCACGCUUUCCCCUCCCACGCUAAUGUGGGAAACCACCACCACACCAAGCGUCUCUCCGCGGAACUCGAUCCCGCUUUUCCCUGCCAGCUCACUGGAUCAAAACCCUUCCUCUCCCCCACCCUUGACGUUUGCAGGGUGGGCUGCUUCGACCCUGGACACGGCAGCGCUGAGGGAGUUUAUUUCCUAUGUACCCCAAACUCCCAUCUUGUUUCCCUAUACGAUCAGGGAAAAUAUCACGUAUGGUCUGCCUGACUCGUCGCCUUUGCUUACGGACGGAAAUAAUAUCGAGACUGCCGCGCGGGAGGCGGGGAUUCACGAUUUUAUCAUCUCUCUUCCCCUGGGGUAUGAUACCUUGGUUGGGGAGGGUGGGCAGACGGUGAGCGGGGGACAGGCGCAGAGGUUGUGUAUUGCGAGGGCGCUGGCGAGGAGGCCAAAGCUGUUGGUGUUGGAUGAGCCGACCAGUGCGCUUGAUGCGGAGGGGGCGGAGGGGGUGAGGGGGGUUGUUCAGGAUUUGGUGGAGGGGGGGGACAGGGAGAUGGCGGUUGUGGUUGUGACGCAUAGUAAGGAGAUGAUGAGGGUUGCAGGGGAGGUGGUGAUGGUUGAGGGGGGGGUUGUGGUUGAACGGGGGGGGUAUGAGGAGUUGAUCAGGAGGGGGGGGAAGUUUGCGAGCUUGGUUACGGGGGGGGUGUGGGAGGCGAGGAGGGGGAAGGGAAGGAGGGAAGAGGAGGGAGGAGGUGAUGAUGGGGGGUUGAGGACGAGGAGGGAGGAGGCGUUGAGACGGUUGGAGGGGUUUAGUUUUCAGUGA